AUGAAUUGAAACAAGAAGAGUUAUACAAUCAAAUGGAAUCAAAAGACAGAACAAUUGACAUUACACAACCUUCAAAAAGAUUAUUAACAGGCAAAGUAGCGGUGAUAACUGGUGGCGCGAGGGGGAUUGGAGCAGCAACGGCUAAAGCCUUCGCUGAAAACGGGGCGAAUGUUGUGAUUGCUGACAUACUAGACGAGGCAGGAGCAAAACUAGCUACUGCAAUCGGAGGGCAGUACGUGCACUGUGAUGUCUCCUUGGAGCGAGACGUGGAGCGAGCAAUCCAGGCGGCCGUGGGCUGGAAGGGGCGGCUGGACAUAAUGUUCAACAAUGCUGGUAUAUCUGGCCCUGAAGGGAGCAUCACAAGCCUUAAAAUGGAACAAUUGUCUGCCCUGCUUGCGGUAAAUCUCAAUGGAGUGGUGCACGGGAUCAAGCACGCUGCACGGGCCAUGAUCGAGGGGAGAAUUGCAGGGACGAUCAUAUGCUCGUCGAGUUCAGCAGCCAUGAUGGGAGGCCUAGCAUCACAUGCCUACACCUUGUCCAAAGCUGCCAUUCUUGGAGUGGCAAAGAGUAGUGCCUGUGAGUUGGGGAUACACGGGAUUCGAGUGAACUGCGUGUCACCACAUGGAGUGCCCUCGGAGAUGCUCAUGUCUUCCUUCCGGAGAUUCCUCGGGGAUCAGAAUCUGCAGCCUCGAGAUGUUAGCAAGAUCGUUGGGGAGAAGGGGAGUCUGUUGAGGGGCAGGGGAGGGAGCGUGGAGGAUGUGGCCGAAGCAGUGGUGUUUCUAGCAAGCGACAAUGCAGGAUUUAUAACAGGGCACAACCUAGUUAUAGAUGGAGGUUUCACAUAUGGUAGCAGUCAAAUGAGUUUCAUAUACCAAACCAAGGGUGAUAAAAGCAUACAACCACAUGACCUGGAAACACAUGAUCAGUAGUAGUGUAUGAUUUUGUAUCAAACACAUACAAAUACAAUGCUCAGACUGUCAAUGUUGAUGCUGCAAAACAAGUAAAGGAUUUAUUGCAUUUUAUUUAUAUGUAUA